UCGGGUUAGAAGGCGCCGGUGCGGUGAUCGGGUUCUCUAUGAGCGGCCGGUAGCGGAGGACAGAGGCGCCAUUUUGCGACGUGUUCAGCUCUACCGACAAAAUGUACCCUAACACGCUGCUCCAUCUAGCCCGUGCAAACCCCUUCAGCGCCCCGCUGUUCACGCUUCAGAAGACGGAGGAGCCGUCACGGCCAGCCGCUGAUGGACAGGCCCGGAGACUGGCAGCAGCUUCAGUGGCUGAGACGGGUGAUAGCUGUGAGUUUGGUUCAGGGAAAUACUACGCACUCUGCGGCUUUGGGGGCAUCUUGAGCUGCGGUCUCACGCACACAGCUGUAGUGCCCCUUGACUUGGUCAAAUGUCGGCUUCAGGUUGACCCUGCAAAGUACAAGACUAUCUUUACUGGAUUCUCAGUCACAAUCAGGGAAGAUGGUGUUCGGGGGCUCGCUAAAGGAUGGGCUCCCACCUUCAUUGGAUACUCCAUGCAAGGUCUCUGCAAGUUUGGCUUCUAUGAGGUGUUCAAGAUCCUGUAUGGUGAUCUGCUUGGGGAGGAAAAUGCCUACUUGUGGAGAACCUCUCUGUACCUUGCAGCCUCUGCUAGUGCAGAGUUCUUUGCUGAUAUAGCUCUGGCCCCUAUGGAGGCGUGUAAAGUGCGCAUCCAGACCCAGCCUGGCUAUGCCAACACCCUGAGGGAGUGUGCCCCCAAGAUGUAUGCUGAGGAGGGUCUCUGGGCGUUCUACAAGGGUGUGGUUCCACUAUGGAUGAGGCAGAUUCCCUACACCAUGAUGAAGUUUGCCUGCUUUGAGCGCACAGUUGAGAUGCUCUACAAGUACGUGGUGCCCAAACCCCGCAGUGAGUGCAGCAAGCCUGAGCAGCUGGUGGUCACCUUUAUAGCUGGUUACAUUGCUGGUGUGUUCUGUGCCAUUGUGUCCCACCCUGCUGACUCUGUGGUGUCUGUGCUGAACAAGGAGAAGGGAAGCACAGCAGCUCAAGUGCUGAAGAAGCUUGGGCCCAUGGGUGUGUGGAAGGGUCUGUUUGCCCGUAUCAUUAUGAUCGGUACCCUGACUGCCCUGCAGUGGUUCAUCUAUGACUCUGUGAAGGUGUACUUCCGCCUGCCCCGCCCUCCUCCACCUGAGAUGCCAGAGUCUCUGAAGAAGAAGCUGGGUCUCACAGAGUAGAGAACUGCUCAUUCCCCUGUCCAUCACCUUCCCUCCUGUUUUCUAUAUUUAAGCUCCCACUGCUACACUAUUCCUCCCAGGCUGCUGCUGCUCGUCUUGGCCAUCUGGACACUGAGAGGGAUUUUCUCCAUGUAUAGAAGUUUCAUUUAGGUUGACAUAAGUGAAUUCCAUGUGGUUUUAAACUGUUUGUCAAUACUAUGAUUAAAAAGAUCUGGAAAUUA